CUAUAAUGGACUAUCUUGUUAAGUUGGAUUGUUUGGGCUCGUAUGGCUCUGUACGAGUCCGCUCGCUCGGUACCAUUUAUGCCCUGAUCGGCACGUGCUCGCCAUAACUGAUUCCACUCCGAGACACAUCCUGACGCUGCAUGAGUCCUUCUCUUGGGUAUGCUCUGGACUCCGAUUCUCAAGGGCUCCACCGGCUUGGAUAGGAUCAUCACAUAUGCCUUCUGUAUUGGCGACAUCGAUGAGUUCAUGGCGUUCCAAAUUAGCUUUGCACUGGCCCAAAUCCUUCUUAACUCAAGUGAGUCUAUCAAAGCCGCCAUAUGCAUGACUGCUAUGAUUAUGGCCAUGCAACUUUGCACUGCUAGCAAAUAAUGUAGUCAUCACGUCCCGACAGAUCUAGGCCACGUAUUGCCAGAGGUGCGCGGUUCUGUGACACGCUGGAUGCAUAUAAUGCAAGGGACUUUUGUCUGCAGCGUGAUGAUGCAAGUACCCAUUGCAUCACGUCGCUCUUUGGUAGCCAAACUUGGAUUUGUGCAGACUCAGAUGGAUGCAA